CAGGUCUCUGCCAUGCCAGGGGACAGAGGCUAGGAGGGAAGGUGGAAGGAGCCGGCUGGGCUCGAUCGCCCAGAGCCCUCCCAUUCCGGGAGUUGAAGCAGGAAGAGGGUGGGGCGUUUACUCACAUGGCCCCGGAGGUCACUCACACUUCUGGGGUCUCCCAAAGCCAGGGCCUGUACACAGGAAAUGCAACCCCAGCGCGAGGGGUCCAGAACUGGGAUGGAACCAGCCUGCCUGGGAUGCUACCAUCGCAAACCCUAUUCACCGAUCAGAAACCCGAUAAAGAUGUUAUAUGAAAGAACAUUCUACUUCCACUUCAAGAACCUCCACUAUGCCAACGGUCGAAAGAAUACCUUCUUGUGCUUCGAAGUGAAUAGGAUGGAGUGCGGUGAACUUGUCCCCCUUUGCCAAGGGGUCUUUAGAAAAGAGAGCAGCAACCUCCAUGCUGAAGUGUGCUUCCUCUACUGGUUCCACACCCAAGUGCUGGGGAUGCUGCCCCCUGGUGAAAAGUACAAGAUCACCUGGUAUAUGUCCUGGAGCCCCUGCAGUGAGUGUGCAGCGGAAGUGACCAGGUUCCUGGACACACACCGCAACCUGAGUCUGGCCAUCUUCAGCUCCCGCCUCUACUACUUUUGGAAGUCGGACUACCAGGACAAGCUUCGCAGACUGAAUCAGGCAGGAGCCCAGAUAGCUGCCAUGGACUUCCCAGAAUUUGAAAAGUGUUGGAACAAGUUUGUGGACAAUGAUGGCAAGUCAUUCAGGCCCUGGAAGAGACUUAAAAUAAAUUUUAGGAACCAGGAUUCCACGCUUUGGGAUAUUCUCAGGGGCCCGGUGAGUCUGCUGACAGAAGACAUAUUCUACAUGCAGUUUAGCAAUAGGCACCGGGUCCAGCCAGUCCAGCAGCGUCGUUACUACCAAAGGAAGACCUACCUGUGCUACCUGCUGGAGCCGUACAAUGACCAACAGCCACUCAAAGGCUGCCUGCAGAACAAGAAAGAUAAACACGCAGAAAUCCUCUUCAUUGAUAAGAUGCGUUCCUUGGAACUCUGCCAAGUGCGAAUCACCUGCUACCUCACAUGGAGCCCCUGCCCGAACUGUGCCCAGGAACUGGCUGCAUUCAAAAAGGAUCACCCAGACCUGGUUCUGCGCAUCUACACCUCGCGUCUGUACUUCCACUGGAGGAGGAAGUACCAGGAGGGGCUGUGUUCUCUGUGGCGAUCAGGGAUCCAGGUGGACGUCAUGGACCUCCCGCAGUUUACUGACUGCUGGACAAACUUUGUGAGCUCCCAAAGCCCGUUCCGGCCGUGGAAUAAUCUGGAGAAAAACAGCAGGUGCAUACAACGAAGGCUCCAGAGGAUCAAGGAGUCCUGGGGUCUGCAAGAUUUGAUGAAUGGCCUUGGAAAUCUACAACUUGGACCCCCAUUGUCCUGAAUGGCAAGAAGAGAUUCGAGACAGUCUCUAGUGUGUCUUUCGGCUUCCACCCCUACGCCAGGUCUAGAAGACCUUGCACUCCUGUUCCUUUCUUUUGCCGUUUCUUUCUUUUCUUCUCUUUUCUUUCUUUCUUUGUUGUUGUUUCUUGGCACAGGGUCUCAACUGUGUAGCUUGCUACGCUGUAACUUGCUAAUAGACCAGUCUGGCUUGAAACUCAUAGACAUCCAUCAGCCUCUGCCUCCUGAGUGCUGGGAUUAAGGCAUGCGGGCCACCAUUCUGGGCAUGGUGCCACGGUUCCGGAACUUUCCUUCCUUUCUCUUAUUCUCAUUUUAUCUUUUUUUUUUCCAUCGAUAGGUGCUUAAUUUUGUAAUUGAAAUUUUUAAGUUGUGCUGGGCAUGGUGGCUCGGGCCUCUCUGAGAGUUAGAGGCCAGCCUGGUCUACAUAUCGAGCUCCAGGACUACACAGAGAAACCUAUGCCUCGAAUAAAUAAGGAAGAAGAAGAAAAAAGAAAACAAAUUGGGCAUGAUGGAUCAUAUCUGUAAUCUAACACUUGAGAGGUUGAGGCAAGAGGAUUACUACAAGUUUGAGGUCAGCCUGGGCUGCACAGUAAGAUCUUGCCUUAAAAAAAUAAAAAUAAGCCAGGCGUUGGUGGCGCACGCCUUUAAUCCCAGCA